CGAAAUUCCCAACCCAAACACCUUCUUCCCUUUUUGCCCCCCUCUUCAGCAUUUCAAUUUUCAUCUCUCUACAAUGGGAUUCGAAUAUUCGCCGGCUUCCCCCACCGGAAAAUGGCUCGGCUUCGUCACCGCCAUAUGGGUGCAAGCAAUUUCAGGAAACAACUACACCUUCUCAAAUUACUCCGACGCCAUUAAAUCACUCAUGGGGCUCACUCAGCUCCAACUCAACAGCCUCUCCGUCGCCAAAGACGUCGGAAAAGCCUUCGGCAUACUCGCCGGACUCGCCUCCGACCGCCUCCCCACCCCCGUCAUCCUCCUCAUCGGUGCAAUCGAAGGCUUCAUCGCCUACGGCGUACAGUGGCUCGUCGUCAGCCGUCGGAUCCAGCCCCUCCCUUACUGGGUCAUGUCUAUAUUUCUGUGUAUGGGAGGAAACAGUACAACGUGGAUGAACACGGCGAUUCUGGUCACGUGCAUUCGCAAUUUCCGUAAAAAUCGGGGACCGGUUUCGGGGAUUCUGAAAGGCUACGUCGGACUGAGCACGGCGAUCUUCACCGACGUCUGCUCGGCGUUGUUCGCCGACGACCCUGCGAAAUUCCUGAUGAUGCUGGCGGUGGUCCCGUUCGUCGUCUGCCUCGGCGCCAUAUUCUUCCUCCGCGAGAUCCCGCCGUCGUCCACCGCCGCGGAGGAGAAUGAAGAGACAAAAUACUUCGCCGUAAUCAACGUCGCCGCCGUAGUCAUCGCUCUCUACCUAUUGGCCUUCGACGUGUCGGGGACGCACGGCCGCCUAUUCUCGCAAGUUUUCGCCGCCGUACUCAUGGUUCUGUUAGCUUCCCCUCUGUCGAUCCCGAUCUACCUGGCGGCGAAGAAUUUCAUCCGUUCCGGCGGUAACAAAAAAGUAGACGUCGAGCAAACCACAGUGACGGAGCCGUUACUCGCCGCCGUCGCCGCCGCGGCGGAGGCUGAGAAGGAGAAGAAAGUCGAAACGACGUCGUUGGCAACAGAGAAGAGGAAGCCGGUAUUGGGAGAAGAGCACACGAUAAUGGAGGCGCUGAGCACGGUGGAUUUCUGGAUCUUAUUCGGGUCGUUUCUGUGUGGAGUUGGAACGGGUCUAGCAGUGAUGAAUAACCUGGGCCAAAUGGGUCUUGCACUCGGGUAUUCGGAUGUAUCCAUGUUCGUUUCUUUGACCAGCAUUUGGGGAUUUUUCGGUCGGAUCUUAUCCGGGUCAAUUUCCGAAUACUUCAUCAAGAGGGCCGGAACUCCAAGGCCCGUUUGGAAUGCAGCUUCUCAAAUUCUAAUGGCAGUAGGGUAUAUUGUGAUGGCAGUGGCUCUGCCAGGAUCGCUAUACGUCGGCUCUAUAGUAGUCGGAAUUUGCUAUGGGGUCCGCUUAGCUGUCACUGUUCCUACAGCCUCCGAGCUAUUCGGGCUCAAAUAUUACGGGCUCAUUUACAACAUUCUUAUCCUAAAUCUCCCUUUGGGCUCGUUCCUCUUCUCGGGCCUGCUAGCUGGCCUUCUGUACGACUCUCAGGCCACGCGCACAGCUGGCGGUGGAAACACGUGCAUUGGGGCCCACUGCUACAGGCUUGUUUUCGUUGUUAUGGCUAUUGCCUGCGUUAUCGGGUUUGGUCUUGAUGUUUUGCUGUCUAUCAGGACCAAGGGUAUUUACAGAAAGAUCUACGCUAGCAGAAAAUCGAAGAAGUCUUCGGUCUCUAGUGUUAGUUGAUCUUUAAGAUGGAACUGAUGGAAAUUCCAUUAUUUUUUUCAUUU